UGCCUGUCCUGCUGCUUACAUUGUAUCAGUCUCUCGCCUCCGAGAGCUGCAAACAGCCAUUAAGAUCAUGUUAGAGAUUCAGUGAAAAGCAAGCGGAGGAAUCCGGCGGUAUGAAAACCUCCUGAAUCAUCGGAAUUUAUUCCCCUCCAGAUCCAGAGGUGACCUGCUGCGUUUUUGGAAGCGGGCUUGGGGGAGAGGAGAGCGGAGCGGAGCUGAACGGGAAAUGCCCGGUGCAGCCGGUGUUGUUCAGUUUUCAACGGGAUCUCAGCGUGUGAUGGCCGCGGUCCAGUAGGCUGGCCUCUCCGCUGCCCGGACCUUGCUUUGCCUCUGUGGAUUUGAGUGGAGCACGCUGGCUGAUCUGUCUGCAUAAUCCAGCGAUUCCGAGCUCCGUUUAUUUUAGUUUUUUUCUUUACCACCGGGAUCUAUGGAGUGCACAUAAACACCAGCUGGAUUGGGGUCUGUCGGCGGGGGCAAAAAUGUGGGCUUUUGGGAAGGGGAAACCAAGACAACCCUGAGGCUACUGUAACGGCAAUCCUCACUGCCCCAGUCGUCUGAGAAGGUCAGACCACCCUGUGGCACGCUUGGGCCGUUGGCAAUAAGAUGUCCCUAAGUAGUGGCACUGCAGGCGGGAAAGGUGUGGACUCGAAUGCGGUGGACACUUAUGACAGCGGAGAUGAAUGGGACAUUGGUGUUGGCAAUCUGAUCAUUGACCUUGACGCUGACCUAGAGAAGGACAAGCUCGAGAUGUCUGCCACUAAGGACGGAGGCGGAAUGGCAGCACCUCCUAGCGCAGUAGCAGCUUUACCAGAAAAUAUCAAAUUCGUAAGCCCAGUUCCUGCUCAGGGCAAGGAUGGUAAGUCGAAAUCUAAACGUAAUAAAAACUCAAAGGAUACUAGCAAGUCCUCAACUCCAGAUGGAGCCAAGAAAGAGGCCCAGGGACGUACCCCAAGUGAGGGUACCGGGCCAGCUGCAGUCGCAGCUUCCACAGCAUUAGCCAGCUCAGGCAAAGGUGCAGAUAAAAGCAGCAAGACCUCCCGCAACGUUCCAAGUGGAAAGAAGGACAAGGAAGGGGGAUCUGGCAAAAGCAAAAAGGACAAAAAUGAAGGAGUACCAAGUGGAAAUGUGACUACAGAAAAGGACACAGCAGCUCCUGUACUAACCUUAGGACCGUCCCGCAGUACCCCCUUUGAGGGGAGACAAAACACAGACUUGUCAUGUGCUGAACAAAUUGGGAAUAUUGCCCUCGAUACUGCUGGAAUAGUUCAGCCUCUGUCUAUUAAAAGUGAACCUGAGGAGAUGGAUAAUAACGACUGUAGGAACAUGAAGAAAGUAAAAAGCGAGAAGAUGGAUUCACCAAUCUCCACACCAGCUCCUCCACCUCUUCACCUACUCGCUCCGGUCGGCAGCAGCGAUAUCUCUUCUCCCUGUGAGCAGAUCAUGGUUCGCACACGCUCAGUGGCGGUCAACACGUCAGAUGUGGCUCUAGCCACAGAGCCUGAAUGUCUAGGCCCCUGUGAGCCUGGCACCAGCGUCAACCUAGAGGGCAUUGUAUGGCAAGAAACUGAGGACGGUAUGCUGGUAGUGAAUGUCACUUGGAGGAAUAAAACUUAUGUGGGCACUCUGCUAGACUGCACUCGGCAUGACUGGGCUCCUCCACGGUUUUGUGAGUCACCUACAAGUGAUUUGGAGAUGAGGAAUGGACGAGGUAGGGGAAAAAGAAUGAGACCCAACAGCAACACUCCAGUAAAUGAGAACAGCAACUCCUCUGAUAACAAGGGAAGCAACAGCAGCAAGACCCGAGCCGCAUCCAACAGCAAGGGCCGAAGGGGCAGUCAGAAUUCUUCUGAAGGCCGAACGCCGCCCAACAGCAACGCUGAAGAUGUCAAGGCCAGCCCCUCAUCCGUAAACAAACGCAAGAGCAAACCUGCCUCAGAUAUGGAGCCUAAUUCCAGCUCAGAGGACACUAAAGGUAGCAAACGCAUGCGUACAAAUUCAAACAGCGGAAUGCCACAUGCUGUCCUUCCCAUCCCCACAAUCAAAGCAGAGGCAGUGCCCCCAUCCCUGGACCGCAGUUGUCCAUCUCCAGUGCUCAUUGACUGUCCCCAUCCAAAUUGCAACAAAAAAUAUAAACACAUCAAUGGCCUGAAGUACCACCAGGCUCGUGCCCACAAUGAUGAUGAUAUCAAAUUAGACAUGGAUGGGGACAGUGAAUAUGGGGAGGAUUCUACUUUACAUCCAGAACCAGGCAGUUGCAAUGGUGCCUCCAUCUCCCAGAAGGGCUCUGUCUCUCCAGCCCGAUCUGUUACCCCAAAAGGCAGGGGGUUUGAUGCCCAGAGCCCCUCACCUUCAUCAGGCAAAUAUGCUUCCAAGCAGUCCAAAAAGAAACAAGAGGCUGACCAUGAUUCUGGAGUGCACUUAGAUGGCUGUGAAGAUGGCCCAUGUCUUACUGACGAGGCUAGCAAUGAUGGCAUUGAUGACAAGAAAAGUCUGGACAAGGCUAAGAAGUCUGGCACUGGUUCCAAAGCAGAGAGGCUUUCUCAGAAAGGUGUGAAAUCUGCAAGAUCUAUUGUACCCUCCAUACCACCACAACAGCUCUAUAGCUUGCAAGCUUCAAGUUUCCCUGCACCUAAUUCAAGCUCCUCUAUGGGUGUGAGCACAGUCGUACAGUCUAUUCCCAAAAGCCCCCAGCUGAAAGCCAUCCAGCCUAAGCCUGUAGUAAUAGGUGACCCUUCCAUGAACCCAGCCUUAAGUGGUUCCAAAGACAAGAAGAAAAAAGACAAGAAAAAGAAGGAGAGUGGAAAAGAGGUUGACAGCCCUAAGGCCCCUGGGAAGGGAGGGAAGUCAGAGGAAGGAAAAAGUCCUUACUCUGAAUCCUCAGACCCAGGGAGCAAAAAUGAUGGCCUGCUUAAUGGCUCAACAGACCCCCACCAGAGUCGCUUGGCUAGUAUCAAGGCUGAAGCUGACAAAAUCUACAGUUUCACUGAUAAUGCUCCCAGUCCCUCCAUUGGUGUAGCUAGUCGAAUAGACAGUGGAGGUAUGGCUCAACCCCUCACCCCACUCCAUGUAGUAACCCAAAAUGGGGCAGAUAAUUCUUCAGUGAAAACCAACAGUCCUGCUUACUCUGACAUUUCAGAUGCAGGUGAAGAUGGGGAAGGCAAAGUGGAAGGCAUGAAGGUCAAGUCUGAGGAUCAGUCUGCCAGGGAAGGGGCCAAGAAGGCCUUAUUUCCAACUCAGCCUCCAAGCAAAGAAUCUCCCUACUAUCCUAACUAUGAGACAUACUACUCACCCAACUACGCCAACCCAAACCCUAGCCCAGGAGUCUCCAGUACAGGUGUAACUUUGCAAGAUGGCACUGUGAAGGUAAAGAAAGAAGAAGAGCAGGAAGUAGGAGAUGAAAAGGGUAAAUCGGAACAGUCUGAAGAUCGCAAGUCAGAGAUUAGCACUUCUAGUCAACAACAGCAGCAGCAGCAGCAGCAGCCAUCAGUCAUCCAGCAACGCUCUAACAUGUAUAUGCAGCCACUCUACUACAAUCAGUAUGCCUAUGUGCCCCCUUAUGGUUAUUCACCAGACCAGGCUUAUCAUAAUCAUUUGAUGAAUACAAACCCAGCGUACAGGCAACAGUGUGAGGAGCGGCAGCGGCAAGCUGCUGAACAGCACAGAGCGGCAGAGAAGAAAUCUGAGGCUGUUCAGAAGGACAGGGAAGCCUCCAUGAAGUCAGAGGAGUGGAAGCAAAAAGCAUCAGUUCCCCCAACCCUUUCCAAAGCUCCAAGUCUCUCUGACCUUGGUAAGCCUCCGCCUCAAACCAAGCCCAAAGAGCCAGCCUCAGAGCCUGCCAAAUCCGUUAUCAUCCCAAAGGGAGAAGAUGGAAAGCCACUAGGCCAGCAAGCAGAAGGGCUAAAGAUGAAGCUGAGUGAAAGUGGGCACCAUGGCAAAGAGGAGCAGAAGCCCAGUAUAGAGCCUGGAAGGCCAUCGACCAUGGAGCAGGCAAUGUACAUGUACAGACAGGAACCUGAUUCUCGACUAUGGCCCUAUGUUUACCCCAGCAAGUAUCCUGAAGCCCAAAAACAGCUAGAUGAGGAGAGGUGGAAGGACGAGCGAGAGCGGGAUCGUGAAAGAGAGCGGGAUCGAGACAGGGACAGAGAUAGAGAUCGAGAGAGGGACCGAGAUAGGAAAGGCAAAGAGGAAAGAACUCGUCCCAAAGAAGCUCCUCCUAAGGAAGAAAGCAAAGAGGGCCCUGAGCCACGGACCUCAGCAGCCUCUGAGGAGCACAGGGGGAUCAGUAAAGACCCCAGAGCCCAUAUACAGUUCUCUUCAGCUCUGCCUCAGCACCAGUCUUACAUGCCCUACAUGCAUGGAUACCCAUAUGGCCAGGGUUAUGACCCCAGUCACCCAGGAUACAGGGGAAUGCCCUCAGUCAUGAUGCAGAACUACCCAGGGUCCUACCUAUCAGCAGGAUACUCUUUUUCACCAUACGGCAGUAAGAUGCCCCCAGGAGAGGAAGGUGAGAAGGCCCGCUCCAGUCCCACAGUGAGUGGCAAGUCAGCUUCUGAGUCCAAAGCCCUGGACAUUCUGCAUCAGCACGCCAGCCAGUACAAGAGCAAAUCACCCACAGUAGGCGAGAAAGCACCACAUGAGAGAGAACGGAGUGGAAAUGAGAGGGACCGAGAAGGUGACCGACCACGAUCCUCACCCUCUCAGCGAAUCAUGCCUUCCCAUCACCACCUGGGCUACCCUCUUCUCUCUGGACAGUAUGAUUUGUCUUAUGCCACAGGUCUCUCCUCAUCAGCCAUUGUUGCCAGUCAACAAGCCUCUGCACCUUCACUGUACCCCCCAGCACGGAGGUGAGAAUGGCAGAGGUGACGUCAAGACUAUUCCUUUCUUUUCUCCACCAGGGAAAAGGUGACUUGUGGAUCUCAAGCUUGCCUGCAGCCAUGUGAUUAGAUCACAUGUGGUAAAGUGUGUGCAGUUUAUGACAUCAGUUCAAUGGUGUUCCUGAAUUUUUGGUUGUUCUUCCCGGAUAUCCCGGUGUCUCUGCCCCACCACUUUCCCAUCACUGGAGAUGGAUGUUGGGUGCCGAUCCUUGCCAGGACCCCUACAGCCCCACCCCCAUCCCCC